AUUUUACACAGAAGAUCUGUGAUGCUGUAAUGUUUUUUGGUAUUAUUUCCAAUCUUCUUCUUAACACAUUUUUUGCAAAUUAUUCAGUUCUUUUAACAGUCUGAAACAGAGACUUGAGCUGGAUUUGGCCAUAAAAAAUUUCAUAAAGAAAAAAAAGAAAGGUUAAGACUUCCUCAAAACAACCCACUAUUAGGUGCUGAUUAGUUGCUGAUGAAGUGAGUUGAGAGACUCAAGUCCUAUUCCCUUACCAGAUAUUGGCUUGAAAUGAGCUAUUCAUGUAAGGGAACUUGAAAACAAACAGAAAACCCCUCCAAACUCUUCAAUUCUGUGUGCUCAAUUUUAGCUCCUUUCAGUACGAUUUUUCUGAAAUUGAAAUAAGAUCAGUAGGAGCUGAGAGUCUUCAACAGUUCUCGAGAAAAAUCAGACUUCUGGUAUCAGAAAUUGAAACAAUCAAUAUUACAUCAACCUUUGAAAAAUAUAAUAUAAACAUUUGGGACCUCGCUUUCUUCUGACAUCAAACAGGCACAACAAUAAGCUGUGCUGCUGUUUAUUAUCGAUAGCAUUCUGCACAAAAGUGACAAUAAAGACAAGAUGCUGGAAAAGUGAAGAACUCUGGGAAGUUAAGACAUGCCAGCAGUGUGUUUUCCACAGCACGUUGGAUGCAACACAGCGGCCUUUUACCUUUCUGAUGCUGAUGGCAGGUGCUGAACAUGAUGAGCAAUGAAUGAGGGUGACAUAAGAACACUGGUCCUCAGCCACAUCGACUGAUGGGGCCGCGUGUGCCUAAAGCUCAGGUUCUGUCCCAGCCCGACAUGGUCUUUGUCUUCCCAAAAAGGAUCAUCAUCUUCCCACUUCCAUCAAAUGAAGGAGACAGGCUGGACAAGGAGAGAAUCACAAACAGCUGUGUGACAUCACUAAGGUACAGACAGCCAAUUUUGGGAGAGGAAGUGCAUUACUUUCUUCUCGUGCAACACUGUGCCAAUAAAUACUUGUCAUUGUUACAGCUCCCAAGUAACUACCUGCUGCAGUGGAAGCUUUGAAGGGAUCAAAAAGGUUCUUUGUGUGCAAAGAUGGGUCAUUUCGUACAUCCAUGGGAAAAGACAGCCUGCAGCACCUCGGCAACUCCUUGCACCAGAAGGAAGCAGAAGACUAUUCUCCUCCACAAAUUGCUCCUUUGCCAAGUAACAAUAAUGCAAUUAUAAAAAAUUACAGAACCAUUUGUGAAUAUCUACUGAAAUUAUGUUACAUGGAAAACAAGCUCAGGCUGGUCUUAACCAGCAGAAAACAUAAACAUCUAUUAAUGGAGAAGAAACAAAGUUUAAUUUGCUCAUGGAUCAGUGAAGUCCAGACAUGUGCAUUCAUUUUUGUUGGACUCUGCCCUUUCUUGGCACUUAAGAUUCAGGAGUGAGGGACUGCAGAGCUUAAAGAAGAAGGCAGCCCCCACAGCUUGUAUCCACUGCUGGCUCUCCAGGCUGCUGCCCCACCAAUAGCCAACCCAGAAACUGCAAACAUCAACAAAGAAGGUUAUUUUAAGAGGAGACAUGAAUCUUGAAGAGUAUUUUGCAAGAACUGGGUAUAAAGGUUCCCUUGAAAAUCAAGACUUGGAAACCUUAACUGAUAUAUUCCAGCACCACAUCCGUGCUGUUCCAUUUGAAAACCUCAGCAUCCAUUGUGGGGAGAAAAUUACUUUGGAGCUGGAGCACGUUUAUAACAAAAUUGUGCACAAGAAGCGUGGUGGUUGGUGUAUGGAAAAUAACCAGCUGUUAGGUUGGGUCCUGAAAUGCCUGGGGUAUGACACCAGCUUUUUGGGAGCAUACGUGUUCAACCCACAUGAAAACACAUAUGCCACCAUCAUGACCCACCUCCUAGUGAAGGUAGUUAUUGAGGGAAAAGCCUACAUUGUAGAUGCAGGUUUUGGUGUAUCCUACCAAAUGUGGCAACCAAUGGAGCUUGUAUCAGGGAAAGACCAGCCCCAGGCUCCUGGUAUCUUUCGUUUCACAGAAAAGAAUGCCAUCUGGUACCUCGAGAAAAUGAGACGGAAACAAUAUAUCCCCAAUCAAAACUUCUCUAAUUCUGAUCUUCUAGAGAAAAAAGACUGUCGGAAAGUGUAUAUGUUCAGUCUGGAGCCACGGACAGUGGAAGAUUUCUGCUUUCAGUGCACGUACCUUCAGACGUCUCCAGAUUCCCUCUUUACAAAGAAGUCCAUCUGCACCCUUCAGACCACCGAUGGCUUUCGAGCGCUCAUUGGGUGGACGCUCACUGAGACCAAAUACAAUUACAAGGAAAACAUGGAUCUGGUAGAAUUUAUAACCCUUAAAGAUGAAGAGGUGGAGAAGACACUGAAAGACAAAUUCAACAUCACCCUAGAGAGAAAGCUUGUCCCAGUUAACAUCAAAGGGUUUUAUACAAUCUAGAUGACUGGAAAAACCCAUGGUAAUGCUACAUGCGUACAGUAGCUUCCAUGUCUCUGCAAUCACUACUGCAAGAUUACGGGAUUCCCUUGCAGGCGACUGAAGGAAAAAUACAUUAAUACCAGAUUAAAGUGAAUUUCACUCUGGAGAAAGGAGAAAAACAGGGAUUUAAGAUUCAUCUGUCAGGUAGAUAGAAUUACUUUCUGUGAGAUGACUGCGGUUCGGUUUUUUGGCACAAACGUAGAGACUGAUUUGAAUCUGGUUAUAAACUUGGGUAAGAAAUAUCUCAGAGUAAUUUUGGAGUGCCUAUAGCACAUAACUUGGAGUAAGGAUUAUUAAUUGUGAUAUGCUGCCAACACAUUUUCUACGGCCAUUAUAGGAAAAAAAUCAUCUGUGAGCUUUUAGACAAUGAAGUAUGCAUUUAAAACUUCAUUUUUCACAAGAUCUAACCACUCACUGCUCAUCUCAUUACCUUUAAUAUAGGUUGAACAAUAUUGUCAUCUUUGAAAGGAACAUUAGGAGGUGUAAUUCCUUCACCAUCAUCCUUAGAUGAAAACACAGUACUAAAUGAAAAUUAUCAUCAUGUGCAUCCCUUCUGUCAUUACUGCAGUAAACUGCCCAAGGUAAUUUUUGGUAUGUAGGUAUUUUUCCUUUGAUGCAAAUUGUAUAUACUGCAGCAUUAUUGUGUCUGAUGGGUUCUAAGGAGAAACAACGAGCUUUGCUUCUGAUAAAUAAUCAUCCUGUAACAGGUUGAGUGGUGCUUACAUGUCUCAACUAGCUUAGAUUUACUUCUACCUCAAAUGGGGUAGAAAUUUCAUAUUUCCAGUAUUGCAGAUUAUUUGUAUAACAAAAGUAGAACAAUGAAGCUAACCCUGCUAUAGCUUUAAAUCUAUCCUGCUUUUUGUGUAUAGCAAAUAUGGGAGUCCACAUGCUAUCCUGAAUGACUAAUGCUUAGCAUAAGAUCUCUAGUGUCACAAGUUUUCAUCAUCUGUAUUCAGUUGAAGAAAAAAAAAAAAUAAAACAAACCACCUUGGAGUCAACCAAA